CCUUCGAUGAGGCUAUUUAACACACGUGUUUUUGUUUUGACUGGCAGAGAUUAAAUAAUCUUAAAUGAGUGUAAAGAGGAUUUUCCAAAUAUUUUUAUGAGAAAUUCAUAAAGAUGUCUGGACCACGCUUUCCAUGGAGAGGAGGAGGCAGAGGUAUGAAUAGCAACCCCUGGGGGAUGAAUCGGUUCUCAGCCCCACCCCCAGGGCCACGUCCUCCAAUGAUACGUGGACAGGGCCCCAACAACUGGCGAUGCCCCAAUUCAAGACCAAUCAUUCGUUAUGAUAUGGGACCAUUUGAUAUGGGACCUAGAGGCAUAAGACCAGGAUUCUUUCCCAAUUCAGGGCCUCGCAUGAUGGGAAUGGGGGGUUGUAGACCUCCAAACCCAGAUAGUUUUCAGCGAGGUCAAGGACAAAAUACUCAAGAUAAAAAUUGUUACAACAAUCAAGAAAUAAAUUCAAAUGGACAAGCAAACCAUGCAGAUAAUAUGCUAAAUCGACCCAGCAAUAAUUUCAGAAGCAAUUUUCAAAAUGGUGAGAAUUUUAAUGACAAAAGACAGCCUGGAAAUGGACAUUUAAAACAGCUGAGUAGCGACCAGACUGGAAACUAUCCUGGAAAUAAAAGAUCCCAUGGAAAUUGGAAUCAAAACAAAAAGCCAAAAAAACAGAAAAUUGACAAGAGAGAGCUUCCUGAAAAUAACAAGUUUUCCUGUGAUAUUUGUGAAAGGGGAUUCAAAACUGAAGAAAAGUAUAAGGAGCAUACAGAUGGCCAUAUGAAGUGUACAUUCGAAGAUUGUUCUUAUGUAGCUGCCCCAAAACUGGUACAGCUUCAUAUCAGAAUGCAACACCACUCUGGACUUGCAAAGAAAAUUUGGUCUUUAGAUUCCAAAGAAGACAUUGAAAAAUGGCGUGCUGAACGAAAGAAGAAUUUUCCCACAGCAGAAAAUGUGGCAAAGAAGCAUGCCCUGGCUGCAGAGAGGAAUGCUAGAGGAGAGGUUCUGGAGACAAAACAGUUUGGUAAAAUGAAGGGACAGAAUAGAAACCAGAGGGAGCAGUUCUCUGGCAAAGGUCCGCAGGAUAACAGAAGGAACAGACGGAAAAGGAAAGGUCAAAGGUCAGACAACAACAGUGAAGGCCAUGGAAAGAAGGCCAAAGUGGACACUGCUCAGGACCAGGACUGCAGAGAAAACAAAUCAGAGAAACCAGAAACUGAUCCUCAGACCAAAGAAGACCCUUUAUCAGUCCUGCUGACAGACUCUGACUCAGAUAAUGAGGAGAUAACUCCUGUGGCAAAACCUAUUGGGGAAGGAGCAGCUGAGGAGCCAGGAGCGGGACUCCAGGGAGGACUUGGAAUGAUCCUGGCCUCCUAUGGUGCAGAUGCAGUUCCAAGCACAGUAAACAACAAAGAUAAUGAUGUUCCAGAUCAGGAUAGAACCAGUACUACAAACACGUCUGACAGACAAAGUCCCAACAGAAAUAAGAAGAAAGGAAGUAAUUCGAAACUUUCUUCCAAAAACACAAAGGCUGGGAAGAACAAAUGGAAAAAUAAUAAACUGUUUAAUAAUACAACUUCAUCUCUACUGGAGAAGUUAUUGGCCAAAGAAAUCCGACAUGAGAGGAACGUGAUUCUGCAAUGUGUUUAUUACAUUGUAAAGAAUAACUUUUUUGGGGCAGGAAAAAAGUCUUCCUCCAGAGACAAUGAAACAGACAGAUCUAGUAUUACAUCAAUGAGUGUCGAACCCAUCAUUAAUGAUGCUGCAUGCAUGUGAGGGAUUAGCGGUACAGGUGUCCUCCAACAAGCCCAAGUACCAGUCCUCUGACUCGUGGCCAGUAGGAACACCUCUUGAGGACGAUGAAAUAGGCUUACUGUUAAUGUAACAGAACAGCAGUAUAUUUUGGUGGGCUUAUUACCAGGCGUGGGCUUGUUGCAGGAUAAUUAUGGUAUUUUGGUUUCAACAUGCAUUCAGAGCAUGUAAAUCUUCAUUAAAACAACCAAGCUAUUGAUUAACUCUUUCGUCACACAAUGUGCAUACUGUAAUUUUUUGUUUUCGCUGAACUAAAUUUUGCGGGAUCAAUUUUUAAUAUUGCAAAACGGGCUAUAUGGUUCCACAUCGUCUAGCGAGUUCCUACCUCUGCAAAUUAGUAGAAAUACUAUUUUCAAAUUUGUAUUUGCAGUUAUUUAAUUGCAUUUCUUAAUGUCCUUACCUCCAUUGGACAGCUCCAAGAAUCAGUGUGUAGAUAGGGAUUAAAAUUUGUUGAUAUUGUGAACAUUUUACCAAGUAAAUCUUCACUGGAACUAUCUUUCACCGUUGAAAUACAACUGCGAAAAUUGUGGAAAUUAGAACCUUGUGAUAAUAUCAAAUUUUAGGGUAAUUAUUUUUUGUCUUUGUUGCCGUGUACUGACACAGCAUGUGUACAGGAAUCUUGUGGAAGACAGUCUUGAUCUUUGUGCCAGGAAUUUGACAGUGUGAGUGGUUGAUGAAUAAGUCUUGGCCACUUCCUGAAUAAUCUAAUGAGUUACAAGUUGAAAACAAUUCUGUAUAACACUUGUUUUUUUAUAUGCAUUCAAUUUUUGCUAAACUUGCGACGAAUUCUGAAUGCGAACAUUGCAAUCAUGAAAUGUAUUGAUAGACACAGGUUUAUGUUUUUUCAACAUGACAGUGUUUAUUGUAGAGCUUGAUACAUAAAUAUUUAUGUAGCAUUAAUGAUGGACUGUACAAAAGAAACACCAAUCAACCGUGACACGAGUGACACGUAAACCAACUUUCAGUGUCGUAUAAAUAUAUGCAACUGUUAAUACACUUGUAUAUCUAUGUUUGCUGUUAUUGAUCAGAGAAUCUAGAUUAGUUUGUAUCGCAAAUAUAUAAUAUAUCAUUUGAUUAUUAUACAAAUUGUGUAAUUUAGGCAUCUUGGAAAUAUGUUUAUACAAGAUGUGUAUCGUUUUUGUCAUAAUAGCGUAUGAAUAUGAUUAACCUACUUCCGUCUUGUUAUGUGCCAAGUGAUAUAAUCCCCGGUUAUUUUAAGGAAAUGUGAUAUUCGAAGAUGCCUUGCUGCCAUGGAAACUUGCUCAUGUGUUUGUGAAAACUGAACAUGUGUGAGUUUCUGACACAAGGUGGUCAGCCAGUGCCCUCAGCAAAGUAAAUUUUAGAUAAUUAUUUUGUCCUUGGCAUGCUGUUAGACAUUCCUUUUUAAUAAGCAUUUACAUAUUCAUUUAAAGGUUUAUCUAGGACCCAUAUAAACUAUGGAAAUUUCAGUAGGAAAAUGUCAGUUUUCUAGUAUGUAAUUCAUAAAACAGUGUCAUGUACAUUAUAGAACUGUUUUUAUCCCGAGUUCUGACCCAGAUUUUUAUUGUAAUUCCAUACUAACCUACCCUUCAUCUUGGAUCCUCGCUCCACAUUUCUUUCCUGAAUUCUAGACAUGAAAUAUCAUCUUUAUCAAUAGAACUAAUUCAUUGUUAUUUCAAAUAUGAACAUUAUAGUCGGCUUUAAGCUUAAAACGUGUAAUUUGAUGGUGUGAAAAAUAAUCUCACACAGUAUUUUAUUUGGGUUUCACAUCCUCUGUAAAUAAUUAGUUUCAAGUGACAAUUUGGCGAGUACAUUUAAUUUUCAUGUAAUCUUUUCAUCAUACACAUCACAUUUACAUAAUGUAUUACUUAAGAAAUAACAAGUGAUUGACUUGGUAAGAUUGAUUUUGAAACAUCAGUAGGGGAGCAACCAGAUCACCUAGUGUUUAUUACAAUCCCCUGUCUAUAGUUUCCAAUAUGUACAGGUCCCCUGGGUGGCCACUAAAGACAGGUUUGACUGAAAGUCAUACCAGAAAGUAGUGAAAUGAAUUUCAUUUACUGUCUACAUCAAUGUGUUUUGGCUUCUUGUGUAAGGGUCUGCAGAGACUUGUUCAUAUUGAAUCAUUUCUGGAAAGAUGGAAUCGGGGAUUCUUUCUACAAGAAGGACAUAUCUGCUACAGUUAUAGAAAGCUGGUGCAUGUCAACAUUUACUUACAAUCUUGAAUGUUACAAGUCUGAUUUUGUAGAUGUUCCGUCUGUAUAAUUUUCCAUUGCUGACAAUGAAUGGAUGAAAGAUGAGGAAUUAGAUUAUGGUUUUGACAUAUGGAAAAUCCAGCAAAACUAUGAAUAUUGUAACAUUGAUCAGUUCAAAUCUUAACCAUUGGAUUGAUAUUUUGUAUGGUUUUGUAUGCUAAUUGUAUUUUUAUAAUAAAUACUUUUUAGUCUGGAUUACUUUAGGAAAUUUGAUUAGGGUCUGCAAUGUUUUUAUCUCAAAUAUGGGAUUGAAUAAUGUACAUUAAUUAACACAAGAAUGAUGCUUUAUGUGUGUAGCUGCAGACAGUCCAAAUUAUUCUGACAUUCCAUCAAUCUUUUAUAAAUCAGCCUGGAGUUGAUGAAGAUCAUUGAGUCUAGACUGAUAUAUAAAGUUGAUAGAAUGUCAGAAUUAUCCAGACUAAACUGUAAGGUAGUGUCAUUAUGUUAUAACAAAUUAAUCCCAAGCUUCCUGGUUAAUGAAGAUACACCUUUAUCACUGUGAGUACAUGCUUUAUGUAUAGGUAUUAUAUAUAGAGCGUAUCAUGUUUUACCUUAUUCAUCCACCAAUAAGCCGGGGGUCAGAACAUUGCCUCUAAACUCAAAAAUCAAGGUGAAGAUUAAUUACAGUCCAAUAGAUACUUGUUAGUAAUUUUACUGAACAAUUUGGUGGCUUUAUUAUGGAUAGACUGAUUGUAACACAAAAUUUGACUCAAAAAGAGGAUGGACUUAUUAUAACACAAAAUUUUUGACUCAAAUUAGGGGAUGGACUCAUUGUAACACAAAAUUUGACUCAAAUUAGGGGAUGGACUUAUUGUAACACAAAAUUUGACUCAAAUUAGGGAAUGGGCUCAUUGUAACACAAUUUUUGACUCAAAUUAGGGAAUGGACUCAUUGUAACACAAAAUUUGACUCAAAUUAGGGAAUGGACUUAUUGUAACACAAAAUUUGACUCAAAUUAGGGAAUGGGCUCAUUGUAACACAAUUUUUGACUCAAAUUAGGGGAUGGACUCAUUGUAACACAACAUUUGACUCAAAUUAGGGGAUGGACUCAUUGCAAUAUAAACUUUGGAUGGCUGGGUGGCACAUCAUUUUUCACAGAGAUGUGCAGGAUUUGAUUCCAAGCAUGAAUGUGAAAAGGUAUGGGGUCAUCUGCCCGGCCACCUGGGUUUUCCCCAGGUACUCCAGACACCUCCCACAGUAAGACCCCAUGAGCGCUUCCAUCCAGUCCAACAAAAGAAAGCUGAUAGCUUGUUUUGCAACUGUUGUAAAGUAAUUGUAUAUUCAUAUUUAAAACUUUCGCUCUAAGUAGGGGAGAAAUUUUUGUAACCAAAACAAACUAAAGCUCAAAGUAGGGCUUGGAUUUGUUGUGGAGCAACAAUAGGUUUGGACUUAUUGCGAGACGACAAUAAGGACAGACUGAUAGUGGGACAACAGUAGGGCAGACUUAUUGUGGAAGAACAGUAGGGCAGACUUAUUGUGGGACAACAAUAGGGGCAGACAUUGUGGAAUAACAGUACAGGUGGGCUUUCUAUCAGGCAUGGGCUUAUUGACGGAUAAAUAGGGUAAGCAUAGAAAUAUAUUGUUAUUGUUACAGCGU